GCAAGGUGCCACUUGCCCCCGGUCCCUGUCUUCCCUUCCUUAUGCGCCCCCGUAAGUCACACGGGCCUACCAUCCCACCUUCCACCUUCCCACCUUCCCACCUCCCCACCUCUCCACAGUCCGAUGCUUGGAGUUGGACUGCCGCCAAUAGCUGCUAGCGAAGCUGGGUGGGAAUUGGGAGAAGCGUGAGUUGCCUAUGGGGUGCAGGAAGCCUGAGAAGGAAGACACUGACUGGUAACUGCAGUUAGAGAUCGCGGAUGAUAUUGCGCAGUCCGCGGGAAGAUCUGGAUCGCUAAUGACAUUGCUCGUGGUGAAUCAAUUGGGAGACCAGUUCUGCCGGGGCCCGGGACACCGGUUAAAAUUGCAACGAUACACAGAAGCUUAGCAUGCAUGGCCCCUGCGUGAGGAUGACAGGUAUAAAUAGAGAAAUUGGGAGAUCAGAUCUGGUGGCCGUUCUACCUCUCAAGACUCAAGACCUGUCUUUGGGGGCAGGAGAUGCAUGCGUAUGCGUCCAUUCUCUGGGAAUGACCUGAUGCAGCCCAUGUCUCUCGGAUUUGCUCCAGCGUGGAUGACAAGAAAGACCUUCACAGGCUUGUGAGGAUCAGUUUGAUGAGUCUUCCUCUUUUUAGCUUUUUCCUUAUGUCAGGUCCCACAGGUCCAAUUAGACACGGCUGCCUGAUUGCACAGCCGGCGGGAAAUCUGGAUUCAUGAGUCGGGCCUCUGCCAGUUUGCUGCACGUGCUUGGUCGGACGUGCUGUUUGUGGAGAUGAGCUACACGGCCUUUAAGACGGUGCACUGGCCGACAGGAGUGGAGUGUUGUGCUGCUGUGUAUCUGACGCAUUGCUCUGGAGACACAGACAGCGAAACGGGAGGAUGGGUGGGCAGCACGGCAGGGCCGGAGUUCGGCUGGUACACUGCAACUACCCCUGGCCCUCAGAGAACCAGUUUCUGGAACCGCGUAAAUGGAAAAGGGAGCAGCCAAGAAGCAUCUGAUGUCAAAGAGGCGGUGGGGUGGGUCCUCCCCAACCUUGUGGUCACCAAAGGUAAUGUCCUGGAGGUGUACAUUAUAAGAGCAGAUGCAGAGGAAACUCCAGAUGAAAAUACGGCGGCUUUAACAGCCCGUGAGAGUGGAGCCAGCGCUCUGGGAGGACGCAGGAAAGCAGGCGCUGCGUUUGGCGCGACUGGUGUGUGGCUUGAAAGUGCGUGUUCGUAUCAUCUCCAUGGCAAUGUGGAGAGCCUAGCCGUGCUGACACAUCGUCGCGACGAAGGUAGGCGGAGACGAGAUGCGCUGCUUCUGGCAUUCCGGGAAGCAAAGGUCUCGGUUUUGGACUUUGAUGAUGCUACUCACUCGCUUCGAACUAGCUCCUUGCAUUACUAUGAAGGUCCUGAAUGGGUACAUCUGAAGGGAGGGAGGGAGGUGUUUGCACGAGGACCAAUUCUACGAGCGGAUCCUCAAGGAAGGUGUGCGGCGAUGGUGGUCUAUGGAGCACAGAUGAUCGUUUUCAAAGCGUCGCAAGCACUGUUUGGCUUGGAGGAAGAAGAGGAGCGGUCGGCUGCCAGUCGAGGGCGGAAGUGCACUGCUGCCAUAGAGCUUUCGUAUGUUGUUAAUCUCCGGGAGGUAAACAUAAAAAGUGUACGUGACUUUGUGUUUCUCCAUGGCUACAUAGAGCCUACUUUGCUGCUGCUACACGAAGAGGAACCAACAUGGGCAGGCCGAGCAUCAACGAAGCGUUUCACCUGCUCCGUUGCAGCGCUCAGUAUCAACACGACUCUGCGUCAACACCCGAUCAUCUACUCGGCGAAAAGCUUGCCGUACGAUGCGUGUACAGUACUGGCUGUUCCCGCGCCAAUUGGUGGAGUGGUGGUCCUCGCUGCCAACUCCCUCCACUAUCACAGUCAAAGCUCAGCAUGUGUGUUGGCUCUGAACGACCUUGCCGCUUUCCCAGAGGGAACCCCUCCUCCGCCCAGGUCAACGUUGAACGUAGAACUGGAUGCAGCCCAGGCGACCUGGAUCGCAAACAAUACAGCACUUAUAUCGACAAAGACCGGUGAUCUUCUCCUCCUCUCCAUGGUCUACGAUGGAAGGGGAGUGCAGGCGUUAGAAUUGUCAAAGUCGAAGGGUUCUGUGCUCUGCUCCUGCAUUUGCACCCUGGGCGACGAGUUCUUCUUCCUCGGUAGCAGGCUUGCUGACAGCUUGCUAGUGCAGUACACUGCCAACCAAGGGGGAGAAGAGGGCUCUGGGACAGUGGAGGAGCUUAGCUCUGCAGCAACUGCAGCUCCGGGCACUCCAGAACGCUCUCCCAGUGAGCAGGAUGAUGCAUCAGAGGAUGGCGAGGGACUUGGGGACGGAAAAUCUCGCGCCAAGAGGAUGCGCCGAUCCCUGACGGAUUUGUCGAUCGAUUCCUGUGCAACCGCAGAAGAGCUGUCUGUGUAUAGAACGUCCCCUGGAGUGUUCGACUCCCUGCAGAGAAAGACGUUCACAUAUGAAGUUUGCGAUUCUUUGCUGAACAUUGGGCCUCUGCGGGAUUUUGCUUACGGGCGUAGGCCGAACUUCGAUCCAAAGGCAGCUGGCUUGGCGAAACAGAGCAAUUUCCAGUUGCUUGCUUGCUCUGGCCACGGCAAGAACGGUGCGCUAUCUGUGCUGCAGAGCUCAUUGCGCCCGGAUCUUAUCACAGAGGUCGAGCUUCCGGGUUGCCAAGGUAUCUGGACUGUGUACCACAGGGUUGGGGAGGAGGAGGAGGAGGAGAGGAAGGAGGAAGACCUUGAUGCUGCGCCUCGAGAGGCAGGGUUGGCAGCAACUCUAGGUUGGGAUGAUGUUGACAGUGAAUUCCAUGCGUAUCUGGUUUUGAGCAUGGAGUCGAGGACCAUGGUUCUGGAAACCGGCGAGUUCCUUAACGAGGUAACGGAGACUGUGGAGUAUUAUACCGCAGGGCCGACCAUCGCAGUAGGGAAUCUUUUCGAUAGGAGACGCGUGGUGCAGGUAUAUGCAAGGGGGGUGCGGCUUCUAGACGGGGCGACAAAAUCAGAGGAGCUUGUCUUUGGUGAAUCCUCGAAUGCCGAUCCGGUCGAUGAAGAUACUGUUCCUGAAGUUGCUGACAGUGGGAAGGAGGGAGGGGAGGGGGCUAGUGGAGGGGAGGGGCAAGAGGGAAGACAGGUAAAGGAGGAGAGGGAGGAGGCCAAGGGAGAGGAGGAAGGGGAGGGGAGGGUUGUGUCUGGAGCUGGCGAAGGAGAAGGCAGUGACUCGAAACUAGGUGUUCCUGGCGACGGAUGUUCCAAAGCAGAUGAAAUUCUGGUCACUUCUGCUUGUGUAUCUGACCCAUUCGUGCUUUUGACAAUGACAGACGGCAGUCUUCGGUUGGUGGUUGGGAAUCCAAUAACAGUGACCUUGGAGCUGAUCGCGCCGUCUCUCGUUGGCGACACCAGUGAUUUGGUGACAGCAUGCUCCCUUUAUCGCGAUCGCCAUCCCCACGCUUGGCUGGUGGAUCACCUGGCUGACAAGGAGACCCAGCAAACGUUAGGAAGCGACCAAUCGAAGUCAAAAGGCGAAGGAUGUCAGCCUCGUGCAGAAAGCUGUGUUUACUGCGUUGCAUGUAGACGAAGCGGACGGCUUGAGCUGUACAGCCUGCCUGCAUUCGCGUGUGUCUUUUCUGUAGAAGGUUUUCACCUUGGGAAGAGUGUGUUGAUCAAUCGGGGGGGUCAGACAGAUGGGGAGGGAAUGGGAAAAAGGCCAUUGACAAAGAUCAUCGAAGAGGGUGAAGGGGAGACGGAAACAGCGAUGGACGAGGAAGAACCUGCCACAGAGGAAACCAAUGAGGCAACCACCAAUCCGGAGAGUGCAGAGAAGAUGGAAGUGGAUGGAGUUCCGGAUGGGGAGACGGAAACGGCGGAUGCCUGUGAGAAGAAAGGUGACGAUGAUGCCAAAGUGAAAGAGGAAAUCGGCGAGGGAGAAAGAAGGCCGAUGGUUAGGAGGAGGGGCAGGAGAAUCGUCGAUGCUAGUCAAGAGAUUGGUGAGAUUUUUGUGAGAGAGAUCUGCAUGGAGAGGUUUGGGGACAGAUUCGGAAGGCCCUUUUUGCUUGCCAUUCGUAGCGAUGGUGUCAUGCUUUGCUACCGCGGGUUCAGGUAUUACGAUGGACGGCGGGAAUCGUCUGCAGAGCUCAAUUGCAGUGCCCAGGACUCCGAAAGGUGUGGCCAAAAGGAAAAAGCUGCUGCGAAUGGUGCGAACGAGGCGCUGCAGCAUGCGGUGAAAACUGAGGGGGAGAGUGGCGGAGCAGAAGAGGGAAGGGCUGCUGCCGCUGCAGACAAGACAGCGGAUGCAAGAAGCACACUCGACCAUCUGCGGUUCGAGAGAAGACCGAUCAACUGGGUACCGUGUGAAGGGGAUGUGCAGGAGCCGGGAAAGGGGUGCAAGAUGAUCUGCUUCAGGAACGUGGGGGGGCAUAGGGGGGUUUUUAUAACAGGGGUGCGACCGGUGUGGCUCAUCUCCUUGAGAGAGAGAUUCAGACCGCAUCCCCAGCUUUGUGACCAGGGCAUCACUGCAUUCACCCCUUUGCACAACGUUAACUGCGACCGCGGCUUCAUCUACCUCAGCUCUGAAGGCGUUCUUAAGAUUUGUCAAUUGCCGACUUAUCUCAGCUACGAUAGCGACUGGCCUGUUCAAAAAGUCCCGCUCCGCGUCACCCCACACCAUAUUGCCUAUCACCCGGACGCGAAUGUUUAUGCGCUUGUGACCUCCUCCCCUGUGAAGAGAACCCUUCUCCAGGCAAUGAUACCCUCUGCCGAGGGACUCAGCGGUCGUGCCAAUGCGGCGGACGCCUCCGGCGGAGGAGGGGCGGCCGCUACAGCCGGUGGCAAUGAGGACGAAGAACCUAUGGUCGACGUCGAGGAAUUUGAGAUAAGGGUUGUCAAUCCUGGAGGAAACUGGGAGACCAAGGAGAGCACCACCUUCCACCUCAUGGAGAACGUUCUCACAGCGCGAAUCGUGAACAUGAAGAACUCGAAGACCAGCCAGUUGCAAACGCUACUUGCCGUCGGGACCGCUUUUGUGCACGGCGAGGAUGUUGCCGCCAAGGGUCGAAUCCUCCUGUUUCAUAUUACCGAUCCCGGAGAAGACGCGUCCGGCAGCUGGAUACAAGAAGUGUUCUCGAAAGAGCUUAAGGGCGCGAUCUCCGCGGUUGCCGCGGUCCAAGGCAGGCUAUUGAUAGCAGUAGGCCCCAAAAUUAUCCUCCACACUUGGGAUGGUUCUGACCUAAGUUGGGCUGCAUUUUUUGAUGCCCCUCUCUACAUUGUCAGUCUGAACACUGUCAAAAAUUUUGUUCUGGUGGGAGAUGUUCAUAAAAGCAUUUUUUUCCUGUCCUGGAAGGAGGAGGAAAACCAGCUAAAACUUCUUGCGCGGGACUUCGAGUCACUGGAUGUUUAUGCAACAGAGUUUCUGAUCGACGGUGGGAUUCUCAGCCUGCUUGUGACUGACAGUGACAAAAACCUGCAGGUUUUCUCUUUUUCCCCGAAACGCGUCGAAAGCUGGAAGGGGCAAAAGCUCCUUCCGAGGGCGGAGUUUCACAUCGGGGCGCAUGUUGCGAAAUUCCUUCGCUUGCCCAUGUUGCCGAUCGCCAGCGCGCCACGGACAAACCGCGCUGCCGUUUUGUUUGGCACACUGGAUGGGGGGUUAGACUUGAUUGCACCGGUAGACGAACUCACCUUUCGUCGGCUACAGACUUUACAAGGAUGGCUAGUUGGGGCAGUCGCGCAUACUGCAGGGUUGAAUCCGGUGUCGUUUCGAAGGUUCAAGUCUCCAGGGAAAGCACAUUUCCCUGGGCCGCAGAACAUCAUUGACUGUAACCUCAUAGCUCACUAUGCAAUGAUGGAGCUGGGAGAACAGGUAGAGAUAGCCAGGCAAUGUGGGACAACAAGGACUCAGAUAUUUGCCAAUCUCUGUGAUCUUGCAGUGUCUACGAGUUUUUUUUGAUGGUUCAACCGUUCUCUAUUUGUUUUCCUGUUUUUUU